AUGGGAGCCAUUCGAGCUGUAUUUCUCUGCUUGAUUUUAGUGUCGUGGAGCAGCAUUCUUGCCCAUGAUGAGGAUUGGACGACUGCUACUGCUACUUACUCCAAAGAAACAGAUGGGCCUAUCAUUACUGAAGGUGCUUGUGGUUAUGGAGACCUUCACAAGAUUAGCUAUGGGAAAUACAGUGCAGGGCUAAGUGGGAUUUUGUUCAACAGAGGGAGUACUUGUGGUGCUUGUUAUGAGUUGAGAUGUGUUGAUCACAUCUUGUGGUGCCUGCAAGGAAGCCCUUCUAUAAUUCUCACUGCUACCGAUUUCUGUCCUCCAAAUUUUGGGCUUUCUUCUGAUUAUGGUGGCUGGUGCAAUUUCCCCAAAGAACACUUUGAGAUGUCAGAGGCAGCAUUUGCUGAAAUUGCAAAGAAGAAAGCUGAUAUUGUGCCAGUUCAGUAUAGGAGGGUUAAGUGUGACAGAACUGGAGGGCUGCGGUUCACUAUGAGUGGAAGUUCUCACUUCUAUGAAGUCUUGAUUACCAAUGUAGGUUCGAACGGGGAAGUGGUUGCUGUAAAGGUCAAGGGCUCGAAAACUGGGUGGAUACCAAUGACAAGAAACUGGGGACAGAAUUGGCAAAGCAAUGUCAACCUUCAAGGGCAGCCUCUCUCUUUUGAGGUAACAGUCAGUAGCGGAAGAACACUUGCAUCUUACAAUGUUGCUCCACCAAAAUGGCAAUUUGGUCAGACAUUUGAUGGGAAACAGUUCUAGUAUGUGAACCAUAUGCAUUGUAGAACAGAACGCUACCCCUGAUCACAUUAAGUUUUCUGCUAUCCUGAAAAGUUUAGGUUGUGGUCAAAAGAAGGAAAAAUUGUAGAAGAAAGUUGAAAAAAAUGGGAAUACGAGGUCCCAGUUUUGUCUAGUAAUGAUAGAAGGAUUAGGACGCGUAAUACUUGAUGGAACAUGUAAUUAUUUAAAGUGAUGACACUGCAAUCUUGUUUAUAUUCUGAGUUUAAUGGCUGUAUUUGUGUGCAUUCGGUAUCCUGGAGAUGUAUGGCUUAUCAGAUAAUCAGAUACUGCUUCUACAGGGAAAAGUUAUACCUCUGGACUCAACAAAUUUUACAGAAUGAAGCUAAAUUUCCAUCUCUUUUGAGAUUUACAACUCAAAAAGGGUGCUUACCGUUCACAAGUAAAAACCAGAAAAUGAUUGAACAUGUCAACU